CGCAAUAAACACGCUGAUCCUGCGGAAAGUCCAAGCCGCGCGUCGGCUACCGCCGGCUUUAAUAACUCUCCGGCAGCUGUAGCAAGUCCUGGCAGGACCAUGGAGGACUUCCUACAGAAUACCAUCAAGGAGUGCGGUACUUUCAAGGCGACCCACGUCAAACAGACUGCACAGGAGGCAUACGAUCUCCUUUGCUCCCAAAACAGCUUGUUGCGUACCCCAUCUCAUGAGCUUCGCGCGGCGUGCUUCAAACCGAUCAAAGGAUGCCUUGAAUCCAAAAAGUCGAAACUGCUUUCAUUAGGUCUGAGUGGACUCGCUAAAAUUAUUCGAGAUGAGCGCUUCCAAGCCGGAAGUGAACCGGAAGAUGAUUCUCUCUGGCUGCCAUCGCAACUUUUACACGCCACUUCGUCCAUGUUGACGCAAUGCGAUGACACACAAGUACACAUUCUGCGAUGUAUCCUUUCCAUGGCCUGCGCAUCCAGUUGGGCAUUAAAUGGAAGACUGGUCAUGUUGCUGGUGGGACGGUGUGGAGAAGCUUAUGAAUGUGGUACGCAGCCAGUAAGAGCCGCCGCUCAAGCUGCCGCCAGCCAAACUUUAACAGCUUUUUGCACUUUUCUUGACGAAGAAUGCCAGGAAAUCCUUCAGCAACAAGCAAAGCAUCGUAACUCCGGAAGCAGUGCCGAAAUGGUUUACAAUAAGACUUCGGCAGUGGCGUGUUUCAACGAGGCAAUCCCUGUCAUGCAAUACAUUUGCUCUAAACUAGAAGAAAUGAAAAUUGUUCCAAAGUCCAACGAAGUAAUUGUAUUCCUAUUGGAAUGCUUGUUGACUUUAGUAGGAGCGCUUCCUCCUUCGGUACAUUCUAACACCCACUUCACCACGUUUUUAUGGCAAAGGUUCUGUCCAGCCCUGCUUGCCCUGCUAGGAGCACCAGGAGAUUCAAAUGAUCCAGGUCUAUCCACGCAUCAAGCAAAAAUCGUAUACAGUAUUGGGAUUCAAGUGGUACGUCUAGUUGGCCGUGAACGUGCUUUGCGUCCGGUUCUGGAAGCACUUUUUCAUCGAAUGCUCCUGUUACCUGCGCCUUCAAAACGUUUGGAACCAUUACGUGCGGCCAAAGAACUUUUGCGGUCCCCCGGACGUCUUGCUGAUUUGUUAUUACUAACAGGACCUAUUUAUCGCCAUGCUGGAGAUGACAUGGCCAUAAUACGAUUGAUUAUGGACUCCAUAGAAGAAUCAGCAGCUUGUUUAGAUGUGGGUGUGCUCUUGGCAAGCGUUGAGUGUGUUUGUGCUCUUCUCGGAUCACUUGAAGCAAUGUGCGCUACAGGAGAAGGUAUGGACGCUGAAGCUGCCGAAGUAGCCAAUGGACGCUAUGUCACACUUGAUCAAGCUGACUACACAGGACCACUGACGUACCAGUCGUUGGCACGUUUACCAAAACCGUAUCGAGAUGUAGUAGCUAAUUUGAAAUACGCGAGUGAUUCGGAAGAAAGUUCUGGAAUUGAGAGAGGUGGACGUGAUGUAGAUGAUGGAGACGAUAGCGAUGCUUCCGGUGCAACUGAAGGUCCCGAAGAGUACGACGCAGGAGGUGAUGACGAUGAUGAAGAUGACAGCAUCAUGGACGAUGAGAGUUUCCUCACAAACCAACAACUACAAAAAUUGCAUAACAUCCCAAAAAGUCUUCACUUAGGACGCACUGGUAUUGAUGAGUGCAACACAGACAUGGAGCGUCACAAUGCCCGUCACUUUGUUAAAACGCUUCAAAAUAUCCUGCUUCCAAAUUUGCUUACACUUAGAUCAUCAAUUCAGAUUGAUGAGGUGCUUCAAGAGUUUGCAUCAAAAUGUUGCGAACACAACGCUGCUCAAGCUUACGACAUGGUAACCCCGAUAGUAAAUGCCGAUGGUAUAUAUCUCGCAACAUACGCAGCGCUACUUUUGAACUUGCGACUUAUUCGCAAAGGGCACUACCGCAAUCAGAAUCAUUCACAAACGGAUGUGGCCCCAGGGGAAACUGAUUCACCUACAGUAAUCAUGACAGAGGCGCAAUUCGUUGAUGAGAUACAUGGUAGCGGAGUGCUGGUAUAUGUAUCUGCUACUUGGCUCUGCGAAUUGUAUCAAAACGUCCUUGCCAAGUCACUUUUAGAACUAGCAGGGUACGAUUCUAAGAGUUCGCAACAACCAGCGUUAAUAAGCUUGUUAACAGAUGUGGGUGGAUUAUGCCCCAGCCAACAGCUCACCGACUGGCAAAAACUACAACGUGUGCACCAAGGACAAACGGAAACAUCUUCUGAAGCAGAGGCUGGUGUUAAAUUAGCGCGGCGCGUCCUCACCUGCUGCUGGCAGUCGGUGGUGGCCGUGUUAAGCGCUGGCCUUGGAGAGCCUACACCAGCAACUUCGGCAACUGGUGCAGCAACCACAUCUUCUCUGGGACGACUGGUUGCACGCCGGGGACGACAAAAGUUAAAACAACGUCUGCGAGAUGAUGUUAUAACCGCCAGUUUAGAAGGAUUACAGAAAGCUGCAAGUUUGAGUAACACCCUCAAGUUGCAAACACGCAGCAGUAGUAUUCUGGGCUUGUUAUCAUCAUCCGCGUGUUCUCAAUCUCCUUCAAUGCCCGGGACCACCACAGGUCCUAAAUUACUAGCGGCUCAUGCACUUUCGUUAGACGUACUGCUUUCGAAAGGACUGGAUCUGGCGGUUCAUAGUCAGCAGUGCUGGGCCCAUGUGUUUGCUGCUUGUGUGGCAGUAUCCGCUCUGGAACACGCACUGUUCAGUAGGACUGGCGCUGCCCAGUUGCUUAUGGUAACAGCACAGAGCAAACAGAAGCAGAAUCAGGUCACUUCUACAACAUACAACACCAGUAGCAACGGACCUGACGAUAAAUCAGAGAAAAAUUGUCUUGAAGAAGAGACGGUUGACGUAUACAGUUUCCUGCAGACCAACAAUCCUUUCUAUAACGGUAACGUUCCCCAGAACGGAAAUAAUUCUACGCCUUCCUCAUCAGAGACGACAGUAGCGGAAAUUGUGGAACGGUCGGGUGUUCUAAAUACUUCCCGCGGUAGUGGUCUCCUUGCCGGUGUACACGCAGCUAAAGUCUGCUGUGUGUUAUCUUCGAAAGCAGACGAGUUGUUCCACAACGCGUCCCAACGUCUCUCUUUACCUGCUCUUUUAAAAUUCCUCACGGAACUCUGCAAAGCAUCUCACCUUCAACUUUUCUCAACACACGCUUCCUUAGGUGUCUACGCACCAUCUCAAACCCACUCCAAUUUUGGAUUUCUGGGCACACGUCGUCCUUGGUGGCGUCGUACCUCGAAAGAACCAUCUCACAAACCUCCAGUUUCCUUGCUUCUGUUUCGAAUUGGAGAGGUAACGCUAAAGUGUAUCCGCUCUGGACGUCCGUUGAUUCAUACCAUGAAGAUCUGGUCUAUCGUUGGUCCUCACUUCAUGGAAGCCGCUUGCCAUAAAGACCGUGAAGUCUCCAAGAAAGCCAUUGCUGCUAUUCACGAUGUUAUCACGUGCGUACUCAACGACCAGUCGGAACUACCGCACUUCCACUUUAACGAGGCGCUGUUUAAACCUUUCGAGAAUCUCCUAUGUCUUGAGAUUUGUGACCAGGACGUUUUGGACCAAAUUGUUGCUUCACUUUGCGAGUUUGUUGAAGCAAACUCUUCGGAAAUCAAUUCGGGAUGGCGACCUUUAUUUGCAACUCUUCGCAACACAGCUUCCACAUGGGGAGGUCCCACCCAGCCCUUGCAAAUGGGAGGAUCUGCUGGCAACGCAAUUUUGGAUAUCUUCUACAUUUUUCUUCAAACUGAUAAUACUCUAGUGUUUGCAAACGCAGCUUUAGAUUAUAUCCUGUGUCUUUUGGCACAUGUUAAAGUUGCCGCAACUCUUGCAAGCGUAGACGCUGAUGACCACUUGGAAAAAUCGCAAGACAUGUUGGGUAGAAAGAAGCUCGACGUAUCAAUGUCCCAAGAAUGCUUGAAGCUGAUAGAAAGCUGUUCGAAAAUCCUAGCCGCAAUGUACACCAUGCCUAAAUGUCCGCGAUUCAACCUGACACAUCGGAUGAGUAUUGAAACAGCUCCGCAGAUUGUAGACACGUGUCUGCCAAAUGACACUAUUCAGAACUGCUCAAAGUUGUUAUGCACCGAAGAUACCAACGGUAAUCCCAGCAUAAAUUUACAGUCUUGUCCUGUGAGUUAUAAGCUCCUCUCGUUGGAGGAAGACUUAAAGGCACAGAUUAGUCUGAGGGAAAUGGAUGCUCAGAAAGGCAGUAAUGGUCUGCUCAAGGUAUGGUACAUUUUGCUGGAAGGACUUACAGCUAAUCUACAUUUGGCGGGUCCAAAUGGCGCCGUGCAAGGAGUCCAGGGCGGCCAAGCAGAAAUGCUAUUCAAGAUCCUGAAAAGUAUUCUUCCCAUUAGGAAUUUUGCUUUUUACUGCGUGAAUCAUCUCCUGCUGCCCACAAUGCAGAUAUGGCUCCGGCGAAAUGUAAAAACCAUGACCACUAUCCCACCCACAGAACCAACUAGUCCUAAUUCACGAACAAACAUCUCAAAACACCAAAAUUCGGAAAGUAUUUGGUUGCACUUUAAGCAUUGCAUUGGCAUGACAGUUGAGCUGGUAGUUGAGUACCUCUCUGUCGCUUCAAGCUUUUCCAUGGAACGAGAUCAUACUAAUCUCCAAUCAAACACCGGUGGCUCUUGUAUAGAUCUGGCUCUAAAGCAACUCCUUAUUCUACUGAUUGAAAUUAUCUCCACAGAAGAAGAAGGUGUUGCUCGACUGGGUGUGUCCUGCGUACGACAUUUACUUCUUGCUCUGGGUCAAAAUCUCACAAGCCGACAGUGGGAAAUUCUGACCCUUGCCAUUCAUCGGGCUUGUACGGUUACCCUUGGUCCUCUGACCCAGCUAACCAGAGCAUUCAAAGCACACAGUGACAGUUUUUAUGGUGAUCUGGCAACAGUAAAAGUUGCUGCCCGCAAAGCAAAUGACAACCUGCCCAAGGUGUACGAACUAGGCUCCCAAGUCUUUCUGAUGACCUCACAACGCAGCACAAAUUAUUAUCCGCAGCAUUUAGAUAAUAGAGCCACUUUUGCACAUGCGCAGAACAACAACGCGCCACAGGGUAAAAUAUCACAAAGUUUCGUAAAGUUGCACCAGGGUCAAAACCUGAACGCACCCACAGUCGCAAACGCAGUCAAAACGUAUCAGAAUGCAUCACCUAGCAUACCCGCUGAUGAUACAUGUGUACCAGCAGACGAUAGGUCAUAUGUAUUUCUUUUAUACCCCAUGGAUAUGGCCGCGGUGACCUCCCCCGAUCUAUUCACAUUGAGGGUGCCUUUUAAAAAUCUAGUAGUUGGACUGUUGGCGCACCAACUGCUGAUGCAAACCAUCAGCAGUGCACUCUUGCAAAAUCUGCGCCAUGUCACUCCAAUUCUACAAAUAUUACACGUCACCUCCAAUCUAGGUGGUACCCUACGUCGGGUAGACGCACGUCAUAUCUAUCUGCUGCUAAAAUGUCUCGAGGUAACCAACGAACGAGCAAGGGAAUUCGACCUACGUCCUGGACUCAAGUUCCUCGUGCAAAAAGUGGGCAACUUACCACGAGCUGCAAACCUGUACACCCUGGCAAAUACAAGUGAAGUAGUACAAAUAAUUGUUCUAGUGGAGCUAGCUCUGGAUGGUAUCGACAAAUACCAUCUUACAUCUGGAGAAAUCAAGAAGCUACUUGAAACAGACGUAGCAGAUAAAGAAGGUCGCCUGUACACUGACCUGGACUACGUAGAGGAGUUCUUAAGACAGUUACGAAGGAAGUGGGAAACUUUAUGUGAGAGUUACGCACGGCUCACUUUUGCUGGAGAUGAUGACGACCAGGAGGGAGAUCACGGCCGAGACGAAGAUCUAGAGGAAGAACAAGAAGAAGAGGGUACCAAACGACGCAGCAGUCUUAGUUCAAGUGAUUCAUGUGCUAGUUAUCUAGAAAAAGAUGUCCUCCCUGAUUAUCAUCCCCGUGAUGACACGUGGGAAGAUAAAAUCCUUACAUCCACCGAUGAUGAGACCAAUGAAAUGGCAGCGAAGAUCAAGAAACCUACGGUAGCUCCGUUGCCACCAUCUUCAACUCCGCCGAAGUUAUCCUAUGAUACAAACACAUUACUGCAGAUGACGUUGCGGCAUCAGUCAUCGCAGUUUCUGUCGGCUCCGUUCAUCACGUCACAAAUAUCAUCUUCAACUGUGGCGAAGAACGUUCUGGAGACCAAACAAAAACGAACAAAUCCGUUUGAUAUGCCUAGCGCAACUAAUGCAUUGCCGCCUCCUCAACCAGUUCCCCCAGAGAUCCAGCAACAAAGAUCCCAUUCAAUUGAAGAAGAUUUUGAUGCUUUCCGACAAACAAGGAUCGAGACGAUGGAAGCUUGCCUUGAGCUUUUAUCGUCACUCUCGGCUCAGAAACUGGCACCGUUGGCGGCAAUUUUGAAAGACGGAGCUGUGGUCCUGGCUCAGACGGGCACCACCAAAGAGGAUAAGGUAAAACGCACUGCUGAGGAUGUCCUGAAGAGGAUGAACUUACAAUUCGAUGUAUAAAUGUAUAAAUGUUUGGAUAUAAUAAAUCGCUGUGUAAGACAA